CGCGGUGCCAAGCCCAACCAAGACCUCCUCCUCCACUGCUGCCUGCUUUCCUCCGAUUUCGCGGCAGUCAUCAAGGCGUUGUGGUAACAAAACGGGCGCAGACGCUCUCAACGAAAAUGUCUAACGUUUCUCUGCUCGGCGGCUGCUUGCCAAUCAAUACCAGCUCCGCAACGGUAGAGGAAGCGACCACGAGCCAUCUUUGGAUGAUCGGCGUCGUGCUGAUGCUGAUUGGGUGCGCGUCGUCGGCGACGGGACUUCUGUUCAUGAAGCAGUCCUCCGUCAUGGGCGAGGGCAAGAAGACGCUCUGCCGGAGAUGGCGGUGGAUUACUGGCUUUGUCCUCCUUGUCGUCAACGCGAUCUGGAUCGACAUCAUCGCCUUCUCCAUCACGCCUAUGGCGCUGAUCGCUCCGUUUGCAGGCAUGACGAUCGUCUUCACCCUCCUCAUCUCCGCCACCGGCUGCGUUACCAAGCGGGAGGCGCCGCUCGGACGAUAGAGUCCGCUCGGACGAGAGAGUGCUUAGUCAAAUGCACGCCUCUAAAUAUUGUGCCAUAAUUAAUUGAUGCAUGCACGCAGGACACGCCUCUUUAACUCAAUGACUUUAUGCUCGCAUCGCAUGCACCCAUCCGCCUGUUUGCAUUCCCCCUUUUUACCACCUCCAGGUACCCAGCCGAUGGGAAGCUGCGUACGUCCGAGCCAUCCCGGGGGGGCGGGACCUCUCCGGUGCUCCCUCGCGCCGCUCGCCCCGCAACGCGCCGGCCGCGUCUCGUUUCCUCCCCAUAACCACCGUCACACCACCUCUCAUCAGGGAUCCUCCUCGUGCUGCUCGGUGUGACCCUCGUCUCUGUCUUUGGUCCCCACGGAGACGGCUCGCCAGAGGCAUCCCCCUGCCCCAUCUGCCCACCCCUCCCC